AUGAAGCCAUCGCGGACAUUUUUUCCGCAAGAAAUACCGGUGAUGUUGCAUCGUAGCCCCUCUGGCGCUAAACGUAAGAUACGUCAGCGACGAGAAGAACAAGGUUCGAGACCGUCACCAUUUCUGGCCGCUUCAUCCGCAUCUACGAGCCCUACACCAUCAGCAGCAACAACUCCUACAUCAACACCAAAUGAGAGCAAUUAUCGAUCGUUAAUUGAUUCCGGUGCUUACCAAUCGAUUCUUCCCGAUUUUGACUCGUCCUUCGUACCAGUUCCUCAGCCGAGGUGA